AUGCAUCGAACAAGUGCCGGCAGAUUCUCUGUUAUGCCCACAGUAGGCGGAUCAAAUAGUGGUGAAUCAAGGACGCCUCUAGUGCUUCCAAGUAAUCGUAGAAAAGGAAAGGCAAUAACAGGUUUCGACAAGCUAAUAGCUGAAAAUGCGAUACUCAUUGUAUCGAUGAGCGAGUAUUGCAUGUGUGCCUCAGUGAAGAGCUUAUUGGUGUCGUUGGGGGUUAAUCCCAUGAUUUUUAAGGUGGAUGAAGAGGAGAAAACCUCUGUGUUGAUAAAACUAAUAAAGAUGAAUGAAGGUGUCAGCAAUGAUACUGGAGAACCAUGGGAGUUGCCAACAGUGUAUAUAAGAGGAAAGGACUUAGAAGGUAUUGAUAAAGUAAUGGAGAGUCAUGUAAAUAUUGAAUUAGUUCCCAUGCUUAGAGAAGCUGGAGCUUUAUGGCUUUGA